AUGCAUCUCACCUCCAUCCUCCUACCCAUCCUUUCCCUGCUGGCAACUGCUCAAGCAGGCUGCUACAAGAGGGAACAGUCAAUCGGUUGGGGCGUCGAAAAAACGGCUGCCGCUAAUGAAAUUGGCCUAGCCGCCUCGCCCGGACGCCUCGCGGGCUUCUUCAACAAUGGUCAAGAAAAGACAGAGUGUCACAAGCUGGCAGAAAACAAGGCAGUCCAUUUCAAGGUCAAAUGGCUGGGUGAGGGUGGUCUUACGCUGCGGGACGGUGACUGCUACACUCGGCUUCGGAAUCUGGUCAAGCAGUGUGAUAAGGGUGGUGAAGAUACUAUUUCCGAUUGGUAUUUUAGCGCCGACCUAAGGCAUGGCUCCUGCUGA